UCAAUGUCAAGGACUAGGUGCACGAGCUGGAAUUGCCGUGAUGAGCGUGUGCAUGGUCGUUCUGUUUAAUCACUCGUGUCUUACGUUCCUUGGAUGCGUCGUGGUCCAUCGCAGUGUAUUUACAUCGCAAACUGCCGUUCUUUCUCUGCUUGCAAGAAUAUGUCUGGCAAUAUGUCUCACGAGGACGGUCAUUAUACUGAGCCUGACAUCCACCUGUCAACGCUCGAAAGACUCAAGAAGAAUGACUAUGAGCUACAAACAAUACUCUUCGGCAUCAUCUUUACGGUCAUCUUCAUAGCGUGCGUGUUACGGUCAAUGGAACGUGCGCUGGGCAUUCCACACACAGUGGUGGUUGUGAUUACUGCUGCCAUUGUCAGCUACUUCGUUCCAACGUCGGAAGUGGACGAAUUCCUUAUUGACUCCUGCCGCUGCAAGUUUGACGUCUUCAUCACGCUUUUACCUGCUCUCGUAUUUUCCACAAUGAACGGCAUCAACUAUUACAUCGUACGCAAGUGCUACAUUGAGAUGGCAAUCUUUUGUAUUGGUACAACUGCUAUGCAUGCGACUCUCUGCUCCCGGUUCGUGGCCUUGUUCCUUGACGGGACUUAUCCUAGUGCCUGGAUCAUCGUUCUGGGGUGCCUGUUUUCCUGCAGCCAGCGGGAGUCGAUGUUUGUUACCAACCUUCAGAAAGACAGGUAUCCCAUUCUGUCCACUAUGCUGAACUGCGAAUCUUUGGUAUCCAACAUUCUCGCUUGGGAUGUCAUGACCUUCACUUACAGCUCCGCGGUCCACGACGUCGGCCGCUACGCCUCUUUGUUCCUUUAUCUGGGCAUCAGCAUGCUCGUGGGAAGCUUGAUGGCCUACCUAGCCAUGCACGUCCUCACUCGCGUUGAACCAGAACCCCCGUACGCAGUGCUAGUUCUCAUGGGGCUCGCCUAUCUGACCUUCAUGAUUCUGGAAAGCUUCGGUGCAUGCGGCGUGUCAGGAGUCAUUGCCUUCUCAAUCAUCACCAACAACCACAUCCUCAUCACAUCAUCGGACCUCGAAGAGCAUCUCACAAGAUACUGGACAAUUAUAUACGAACUCAGCGAAGUGAUCGCCAUAUUCAUCGCCUGUAUCUACACAAUUGAACUGGCGAAACGUUUCUUAUCCUUCAAAGACAUCCUGCUCAUCCUAGUCACCUACAUCUUCGUCACAUGUUCCAGAGCGAUAUCUGUGCUCUUGACUCUGCCUGUCCUGGAGUACAUGGAUUACCACGUGCGCUGGCAACAGGCUAUUGUAUUAGUUUGGUUCGGAAUGCGUGGAUCGUUCCGCCUCCUCCUGGUGCUCUUCUACCAGCGGUAUCUAUUCGUCAACAUACAGAUCGCCUUUAAGGGCAUCAUUCACGUAGCAGGAGUUGUCUUUCUGCAAAGCUUCGUCAACCCCAUGCUCUACAGCGUGGUUCUCAGGUUUCUAGGUCUUCAAAAGGCCAUGGCCGGCGAUGAAGAUACGAUGCUUCAGGCGUUGGCUUACAUGCGACAAAUGGUGAACGUGUCGGAGAAACGACAGCGCAGCGAGAGUUAUUUUAUGACCGUCGACUGGGGCUGGGUGGCUGCCCGAACGCGAAUGACUGCCAGGCUAAUUACUGGUGCACAGCGUGUUCAGAACAAACGGCUCUUGCGCCGUCGCUCAACGGUGACUGAAGUCCUGCAAAAGGAGAAUGAAACGGCUGCUUACCAAAUAGCAAUCGAAAACGCUCUUCGUAUACAUCAGGUGAGCUUUUCUCGUCAGUUUCAAGAAGGACGAAUUCAACGACGCACUCUGCUGAUCCUACUGGCAGCUCUAGAAUAUCCGUACGACACUAAAGAAUAUCUAGAUGCUGCUAUGAUUCGGCAGCUAGUUGCCAUUCCUGACUGGACAUACAAGCUGAAGAAGCGGUGGAGUGGCGACGAAGUUGUAGAUCCCCAGCACACGGGCUCGGAGGACUGGCCAACACCCCAAGAAUGGCAUGGCACGACGUUGCGUGAGAUGAUGCUGGACGGUUUCGAGCACUCUUACUACGGAGUGGUGGUGGUGGCGUCAACCUUUGCCUACAUUUUAUGCUCUCUGGGCGUCGCCAUAGCCUACUACAAGAACUUAUGGACGGACUACCCCUGCAUAGUAAUUGAGACGAUUUAUGUCGGUACCUUCAUGGCGGAGAUGCUAUCUGUGUUGUACGUUCAUGGCCAUCGCUUUCACCGUCUCGAUAUGUACAACAAGCUGGAUAUUCUACUUGCUGUGUCGAGUCAAGUGAUGCUGGCACUCCACUUUGCUGUCCGACUGUCGAAGGAGCGAUCUAUCUCGCGCCUCAUCGCCCCUGCGGUCAUGAUAAUGCUCUGCGCAGGCCGUUUAGCGCAUAUCUUCAAAUAUGUUGAUAUUCCAUGCCGGUUUCUAGCCAAGAUGAUCGAAGCGCGAAUCGACAGCGUCAUCUACGACUCUUACGAGGUUGCGUUGGCUAUGGUUACGAGCGAAGAGGAGGUGCAAGAGUGCAUUUCCAAGACCGUCGACAGUGAAGAGCUGGCACAAAAGAUACGUACGCUGGCUGGACGGAACCGACUGCAGGUCCUGAAACACCUAGUGAGCAUACAGAGCAACUUCCCUGGAGUAGCUGUGGCCUUCAAGAGCCGCCAAGCAUGUCAGGCUGUGCUUAACCACGUCUUUCACACCGUGGUAGACUUGCAUGAAAGCGGCACUCUCGACAGGCCCGAGUUCCGCAAGGUUCGACGCGAGAUCACGGCAGCUAUGAAACGCUCUCUGUACGCGCCGCGAAGUUUUCGGUGUAGCUACAAGCCCAUCGCUGUACUACGAAGCAUCCCAUGGCUGUCCAAGGCAUCGCUUCGACAAUUCAUAGCUCUGAAGAUCCGACCAGUAUCUUACGAACCAGGCGAAACAAUUAUAGAGAGAAAAACUCAUCACGACGUCAUAGUCACUUACUCGGGCGUCGUUAAGGUGUCCGGCCGUGUAGAAACUCGCAACGACGGUGCAUUGGCCAACAGUGCUUCAUUCCUGUAUUUCGUGAGCAAAGACAGCCUGGAGGACUUUGUCAUGGCACCAGAAGUGAUCGGCACCCUAAGUAUCGUCACUACCGGAGUCUCUGUCACUGAAGUCAAGGCGGAGACCGCAGUUAACGGCUACCUCAUCCCAAAAGCUCGUGUUCUGGAAGCCAUCGCAGUGUUCACGGAAAGACCGAGUUUCCUCUACCAGCUCUGGACAUACAUCGGUCGCCGCGUGGCUGCUCAAUUGCUCCAGGCUCAUCCUAUGUUCCAAAUGUGGCCGACGAAGAAAAUUCUCCUGCGCCUGGAAAAUAUUGUUCUCCCUAACCUGGAGCACGCACGCAGCUUUCUGGUAACACCAGACAUUGAAGAAGUGGUCCUUAUUCAGGGUAUCAUUGAAGACGCCGAAGAAAGCAGUACCUACAUCGGGCCCAUCUACAUACCAAGAGCUGUUAGAAAAAUUAUUUUCCCCGGCGAAGCAGGAGUCCGACCACUGCCGGUCGUGGUACUGAUAGCGAAGCGUCACUACCGCCCUCCAGCAAACCUAGAAUGGUCUGACAAAGUAAUGGCUGACUCUGGGGGUCAGGUGCUCUCCGAGCCUUCAUUUUCCGAAGAGGAAAAGACGUCCUCCGAGAACGAGGAUACACCUGGUUGGCACCUUGGGUCCUCGUGAGCAGAUAAUUCGCAUUGUCCGGUCAUACUUUCCCAAUAAACUGUUUAACAUGCC